AUGUUCAAGAAGCUGUGCAGUUCGAUCGCGACGCCGCCGCCGACGACGACGACGACAAGGAGCAGCAGCGGUGGCGGCGGCGCCGUCUCUUCUCAAAAGCUUACGCGCGAGAGUACUCAGAAACCUCCUCUUCUAAAAGCAGCACCAGCAGCAGCGAUAAAGGCAGAAAAAGCUCCUGCAGAAGUUUUUGACCCGAACCCGAACAACGUUUCCAUACACCCGAAAACACCCAUCCGAAACUUCGAGCUGGGCCCAAUCAUAGGCACCGGGUCGUUCGGGAUCGUUCCGAUUGCCAAACACCGAGACUCGGGCUUAGUCGUGGCGAUUAAAAUCUUAUCUAAAGCGCACGUCGCCAAGACGAAACAGAUCGCGCACAUCGUUCAGGAGAAAAAAAUACUCGAGAGGUGUUCCAAGAGCGAGUUUAUCGUGCGAUUGUUUUCGUACGCGCAAACGAGGGAGGAAAUCCAUUUAGUGAUGGAGUUUGUUCCAGGAGGAGAAUUGUUUAAUCAGUUGAGAAUCUAUCGACGAUUGAAAAAUGACAUCGCGCGAUUUUACGUCGUUGAAAUCGCGCUCGCGUUCGAGUACUUGCACGAGAUGUGCGCGAAGCCGUGUCGGGUGGCGUAUAGAGAUUUGAAACCAGAGAAUGUUUUGUUAGACGGAUACGGGUACGUGAAGUUGGCGGAUUUCGGAUUUGCGAAGCAAUUGGGGCCGAAAAGUAUCGGUAAGAGGAAAGAUGGCGGCGGCGGCGGCGGUAGUGGUGGUUGCGGUGGUGCUAUGGAAGAGUUGCGCCAGAAGGUUGGAUUUAUUGAAAACGAAAAGGCGUACACGUUGUGCGGGACGCCGGACUAUUUAGCGCCGGAAGUUAUUUUGAACGGAGGUCACGACGAGUCCGUAGAUUGGUGGGCGCUUGGAGUUUUGCUCUAUGAACUCGUGAGAGGUAUACCGCCGUUUCAAAGCGAAGAACCGUGGGCGACGUAUCAGAAAAUUUUGAAGAGAGAGUUUACGUUUGGGCCGAAAGAACCGAAGAAAGCGAAGAAGACGAAGCAUAAGAGCGGUAAAAAAGAGACAUCGACGACGACAACGAGUGGGAGUAAGAAGAAAAAAGUCAAAACAGACGAAGACAAUGGAAACCAAAACGACAAAGAAGGAGAGGAUGAAGAAGAAGAAGAAGAAGAAGAAGAAGAAGAAGAAGAAACUGAAAACGCGUUCGGAUUUACGAAAGAAAGCCGAGACUUGAUACGUAAACUCUUAACCGUCGAAAGCGCGAAUCGUCUCGGCUCGACGUAUGGCUCGAUUGAAAUCAAAAACCAUCCUUGGUUUCGCUCGGUCGACUGGAAGCUGGCGAGUGAACGCAAAUGGAGGAAACCUCCGAUUGUUCCACAGUGUCCUCGAUCGGAGAAGGAGUUAUACGCCAUGUUGCAGAAAAUCGCCGAGGAGGAAGGUUUCGACGAAGAGAGCAGCGCGAGAAACGAUACAAACUUUGUCGAACUUUCUCAAGAGGACGAGGCGGCGUUCCAAGCGCUUGAAGACGACUACGAGGGCGCGAACGAUAAAAAUGAAAACGAAAUCGAUAAUAUUAUCACCGUCGAAACGUAA